CAAGACUUGUACUCUUAAAUGUUAGCAGUCUUAAAUAGAUCCCCAUCUUUAUCUCACAGGGCCUCGUCCUCCUUGUCCUCGACUGAAGCCCACCGUAGUAGCAUCUCACCAUGCCUCUCAUCCUUGUUAUCCUGCUUUUGCUCCCAAUUCUACUUCUCGUCAUCAGAAGGGAAAAAUCAACAAGUUCCAAGCUCCCACCAUGCCCACCAAAGCUUCCCCUAAUUGGCAACCUGCAUCAAUUGGGCUCACUCCCCCAUCAAUCUCUUCAUGCUCUCUCAGUCAAGUAUGGACCUUUGAUGCUCCUCAAACUCGGUGAGAUACCCACGCUUAUCGUUUCGUCUUCAGACAUGGCUCGGGAGAUCAUGAGAACUCACGACCACAUCUUCGCAAGCAGACCUAGCUUAUUGACCUCAGAUAUUCUCCUUAACGGAGCUACCGAUGUUGUAUUCGCACCUUAUGGUGAGCAUUGGAGACAGAUGAGAAAGCUUUGUGUUAAUCACCUUCUGAGUGCGAAAAUGGUGCAGUCGUUUAGACUAAUGCGUGAAGAGGAAGUUUCCUCUAUGUUAACAAGGAUUUCCGGUCUGGUCAACAUGAGUGAAGUUUUGAAUUUGUUCACGAGCAAGAUCUUGUUUAACGCUAUUUCUGGCAAGUUUUUCGUAGAGGAAGAAGGCAGGAUCAAUGUUUUCUGUAAGCUAAUUAGGGAGAAUAUUGCCAUCCUUGCACAGUUCAGCGUAAGUGAUUUCUUUCCGUCACUCGGAUGGUUGGAUUUAGUUUUUGGUGUGGGGGCGAGGGCCCGAGCGACGGCCAAAAAAUGGGACGAUGUCCUCGAUGAGGUUAUCGAAGAUCACGUGAAAAGGUCAAAUGAAACGGGGGAUGCGGACGAUCAAGAGGAGAGAGCCGACUUUGUAAGUGUUCUGAUGGCUCUUCAGGAAGACGACAACACGGGUUUCACCCUCAACAGGAACAUCAUCAAGGCGAUCCUACAGGAUAUGAUUGCAGCAGGGACUGAAACGUCAUUCCUAGUCCUAGAUUGGGGUAUGACAGAGCUUGUUCGAAACCCUGGAACAAUGAAAAAAUUGAAGGAUGAAGUAAGAAGCGUGGCCGGCUCUGAAACUGUGGUCAGAGAGGAAGACAUAAGCAAAAUGUUCUACUUGAAGGCCGUGAUAAAGGAGAUAUUACGAUUGCACCCUCCGGUUCCGUUACUAAUUCCACGAGAAUCAAUGGAUCAUUGCAACGUCCAGCAGUACGAAGUUCCUAGCAAAACAAGAGUGCUUAUUAAUGCGUGGUCGAUGGGCAGGGAUCCAAAAGUAUGGGAGGAUCCCGAAGAGUUUAGGCCUGAGAGGUUCCUUGACAGUGAUAUUGAUUUCAGAGGACAGUGCUUUGAGUUCGUUCCUUUCGGUGCGGGCCGCAGAAUCUGUCCAGGGAUGCAUUUUGCGGCUGCAAAUCUUGAGCUUGCCUUGGCAAAUUUGAUGUAUCGGUUCGACUGGGAGUUGCCUGAUGGCAUGAAAAGCGAGGAUCUAGACAUGGGCGAUUCUCCUGGAUUAACGACGAGAAGAAGGCAGAAUCUUCAUCUUGUUGCAAGACCCUUUCAACGUGUGAAAAGGUGAUCAUUAGUCUUAUUACAGAGUGUCGCCAGCCUACUUCAUUAUAAUGGGCUUUAAUCGGAUUUGUAUAGGCUUGGUUUGCUGGGUUUAUAAAAUUUUCAUCUAGAACACGUCACUGUAUAAUGUUGUGGUCAUCGAAGAACCUAUUCUGAGAGGAUUUGUAUAAGCUUUAAUCGGAUUUGUAUAGGCUUGGUUUGCUGGGUUUAUUAGUUUCUAAGAGAAUAAUAAAA